AUGAGAUCGUCCAGUUUUGCUCUGGCGACUCUGGCCCUUACCCUGGGCCAGUCGCUGCUCGGCGUCGACGCUGCUGCCCUGGACACCCGUGCCUCCGGUCAGCAGCUCACGGUCAACGCGACUCCCUCCAAAAAGAGCCAGUUCGGUGUUGACCUCUUCAUCGAGACGAACAUCAACUCGGGCACUGAUGGCGGCCUGUACGCCGAGCUCAUCAACAACCGCGCGUUUCAGGUACCCGCGGGCGCACCUACCGGCAACAACGCGCUCGGACAGGGCACCUUGGCGUCCUGGUCCAAGGUCGGCGCCUCGACCUCGCUCGAUCUGACGCUUCAGAACCCGCUCUCCCAUGCGCUACCCAAGAGCGUCGCCGUCACCUCGUCUGCCAAGAACGAGGCGUGCGGCCUCACCAACUCGGGCUACGGCGGCUUCUCGGUCAAGCCGCAAAAGUACGACCUCAGCUUCUACGCGCGCUCGGUCGACGGCAAGCCGACGACGGUCAAGGUCAAGGCGGGCCUCUACAGCGCCGACCGCUCGCGCACCUGGACCGAGCAGACGCUGACGCUCCAGCUCACGUCGGAGUGGAAGCAGUUCAAGGCCAGCAUGACGCCGACGGCGUCGGCGCCCGACACCAACAACGUCUUUUCGAUCAAGACGGCGGCGGGAUGCGGCAGCGGCAUGCAGCUCAACCUCGUCAGCCUCUUCCCGCCCACCUGGAAGGGCACCGUGGCGCGCGCCGACCUGGCCCAGGCGCUGGCCGACACCAAGCCCGUACUGGUGCGCGUGCCCGGCGGCAACGACCUCGAGGGCAACUCGAUCUCGGCGUGGUUCAACUGGACCAACGCCGUCGGCGACGUCAAGAACCGCCCGGGCCGCAUCGGCACGUGGAUCGGGUGGAACACUGAGGGUUUCGGCCUGCUCGAGAUGAUGGACAUGAUUGAGAAGAUGGGCGCGCAGGCCGUGCUGGGCAUCUACGCCGGCUACUCGCUCGACAAGAAGGCGGUGCCCAAGGACCAGCUGGGCCCCUACAUCGAGAGCGCCCUCAACCAGCUCCACUUCCUCCUCGACACGUCGGGCAAGUGGGCCGACCUUCGCGCCAGCUACGGCCGCGCGGCGCCCUACAAGCUCGAGCACGUCGAGAUUGGCAACGAGGACUGGAUCUACAAUGCGCCCGACUCGUGGCCCUACCGCUACCCGCCGUUCCGCGACGCCAUCGCCAAGGCCUUCCCUCAGCUGGAGCUGAUCGCGUCGAGCCCGUACAGCUUCCAGGGCCAGCAGGCCAUCGACCAGCACGACUACAACACGCCGAGCUGGUUCAUCGACGCCUACGACAAGAUGGACAGCUGGCCGCGCAACGGCACCAAGAUCUACGAGCUCGAGUACGCCGUCAUCAACAGCGGCCUGACCAACGACGCCGACAUCUAUAGCGGCAAGUCGCGCCUGCAGCACCCGACGCUGAUUGCGGCGCUGGCCGAGGCCACGUUCCUGCUGGGCGCCGAGCGCAACGGCGACCUGUGCCACGGCGCCGCCUACGCGCCCAUCUUUAUGAACGAGGUGCCCGGCCUGACGCAGUGGACGCCCGACCUCAUCUCGUUUGACGCCGGGCGCAGCGUCAAGUCGAUCUCGUACUACGUCCAGCAGGCGUUUGGCAUGCACCGCAUCGACAACAUCCACGACGUCAAGGCCAGCACGCCGCCCAAGCAGGCGGGCCUGUUCCACUCGGUCGGCAGCGACGCCGCGGGCAGCCGCAUCACUGUCAAGCUCGUCAACACCAAGUCGUCGGCCCAGUCGGCCAGCGUCAGGCUCUCGGGCGGCGGCGGCAAAAAGGUCAGCGCGGCAGGCGCGCAGCAGUGGCAGCUGAGCGGCAGCAAUGCCCAGGCUUCCAACACCAUGGGCCAGCCCAACACUGUGGUGCCCAAGUCGGGCGCGCUGCCCGCCGGCGCACUGCAGAACGACGGAAGCCUCCAGAUGACGCUGCCUCCCUACUCGUUCACCAUUGUCACCCUCCCGCUCGCCUGA